AAGAUUUUUUUCGAGCCAUUUACUUUUAUUACCAAAAAAACUUUGAUUUUGCUCAUUAAAGUAGCCAUUUUGUGUAUCAUAUCGUUCCAUUCAGUCAAAACCACAAAACGAAGUUUUUACCGCUCAAACUCGAAAUGAUUCUAAAGCGGCGUUCAUUCAUAAUUGACUAAAAAUUCAACUUGAAAUGGGCGAUAAAAAACCCCCAAGCGGGAUUUUGGAGUCACGUGCGCUUUCGACAUCCAUGCCAAAUAUGGAACAAGUUUUACCCCUUAUAAGGAAAGAAGGUGAGUUGCACAAAAUGCUUGCCGAAGAGAAAAUGCGUUCCGACAAACACCGAAGCAAUUACAUUUCCAUGAAGUCGCAAUACGAAAGACUCCAACAAGACUUCGACUUUCUGCGAGACAAAACUUCGCCGAGCGCUCAUUUCUCCGACAUGCACAAAGACGAAAUUGAGAAGUACAAAACAGUGAUUCGGAAACUGGAGAAUGAAAUUGCGACGAAAGAUUCGGUGAUGAGCGGGUUGAGGAAGUUUACGUUGACACCGGAGAAAUACGAAUCAAUAAAAGCGGAGAUCGUCCAAGAAUUACAGGUUCCCUUUCGGCUCCGAAUGGGACAAAUGGAGGACGAGUUGAACGAGUAUCAGAGUCGCUACAACGCCCUCCGACACGACAUCACCUUCCUCAAAUCCGAAUACGACUUCACAAAACGGGAACACGAGAGAGAAAUUGCUGAAUUGGAAAUGAAGCAUUCGUAUGAAGUCGACUGUUUCACUCGUGAAAAAGAAGAAAUCAUUCAAAACUUCAGUUCUAACGCAGAACGGGAAUCGGAGAAAGUAAAAAAUUUGGUCAGAGAGAAUGCACAUUUAGCCCACAGAGUUAAAUCGUUGGAGCAGACAAUUGAAGAAAAAGACGCACAAGCUGAGAAUCGAACCGACGCCAGCAACCACAUCAGUCGAUUUCAAGCUAAGCACUUGACUGAACUGAACGGGAAAAUAAAAAUCCUCGAGGCGACAAAUACCAGCCUAAAAUCGCAGAUCGAAAAUUUGGAAGACGAAAUCAAGAAAUCGAACAACUUCAACGGGACUCAAAAUGAAAAACUUUUGCAGGUCGAAAAAGAGAAUUUAAGCCUCAAAAACAAAAUCGAGCAAAUUCGUCACGAAGAAUCGCUGACACAAAAUAACCAAAAAGUUGACUCUAUGAUCGCAUACAACAAUGUAGUCAAAGAACGAGACGCUUUGAAGGUUGAAAAUGAGGACAUUUCCACUAAGUUAGAAGCCGCGAACCACGUGAUCGAAAAACAGAAAACAGCACUGGCACAAAAAGAACGAGAAGUCACCCGCAGAGUCCAAAGCGCAAAAGAUUCUGACUGGAUGAAACUUGCUCACUUGCAAGACAAAAAUGCCGAGCUGGAAGCUAAAGUUUCAGAUUACGAAAACUUCAAAAGCGAGCUAAUUUCUCGUGAAAACGAUUCCAAGUUGAGACUUCAAGAGCAAAUCGGCGCUAUGGAGAGACAAAAAAUGGAAAUCGAGAAGCAAUUAAGCAUCGUCCAAUCUCAGUUAGAAAUGAAAGAAAAUGUUGAAAAAGAGUUGGAAAGAGAGAAAAAUGAGCAUGCAAACUCGAGGAAAAAACUGACAACAGCUCAAAACGAACUACUGUCGACUCAGAACAUUGAAUCCGAAAUGAUGACGGACCUUCAGCGUCUGAGAUCAACAAAUGAAUCCCUCAAACAACAAAAUCAGCUCCUGAAACAAGAAUUGGACACUUUAGCACAAAGAACGAACGCUGAAAGGUCUCACCAUGAAUCACAAUGGGCACAAGAAAAGCUGAGACUCACUGAAAGAAAUCAGUACUUGGAAGACCAAGUGGAAAAAUUGAAUGUUAAACUGAAAAAAGCGGCACAAAUCCACCUGCAGAAGAAACGAAACUUCGCUGAAAAACUGGCCAGAAUUAAACAGAAAUCGGACUCUUUAGAAGCUAAAGAAAUGGAACUUACAAUAGAGAAACAAAAUCUGGACGACUCUGUACCUUUGGCUUCUUACAAUGAAAUGAAACAAAGGCUGAACAAAGUUGAAAAAAGGUACCGAGACUUGAGCGAAGUGAAGUCUAAUGCGAAUCAUAAUCACGAGCGGCCAAAUUUGCGAGUCGAGAGCGCCGUGCAACGAGAAGCGCCCAAAUUUACCGAAGCAGAGCACUUGUCAGAAGUUGCUAGUCUGAAAAACGCGACCUUCAUUGAAAAAGGCGAAAUCGACGGAAUCGAGAAAAGUUACAGCGAUGAUACAAUCUGUUCUAAGGUGGACAAAUUAUACAUGCAGGAACUGGAAAGUUUGAAAGAUCGACUAAAUCGAUUGAGCGACGUUCAGAAAGAACAGAUGAAAUACUUUCUCGGCACCGAAGAAGCAACAGAUCUCGGAAAGAUAUUGGACUACCAAAACGAUUUGAUUUUACCACGAGAGGGCGCACCACAAAGCAGAAGCAUGCUGAAUUCUGGCUUCAACAAUCCAACACAAUUCGAAAUAAGCGACUUGGAGAUGACGCUGUCAUGAAAGUGUGGCGGCUGUAAAUUCAGAAGUUUUCUUUUUGAUACAAAAUGAAGAGUAAAUUUUAGAUGAUAUAUUUUAAAAGCUGAAAAAUGAAGACCCUUUACCAUUUUGCCCCCAAUCUUUAUAAUAUUUCUGAAAAAAAUGACACAACGAUAAAUAUGAUUUUUGAACAAAUGAAAAUAAAAACUUGCAGCAUCUCUUUCCUCUUCAUUAUGCCAAACUCUGUUAAAAUGAAGACGGUUUAUCCUAAAUUUUAAAAAAUGAUUGUAGGUAACUGUGGAAAAGAGUAGAUUUGGUUACUUCUCUUGAUAUUCACAAAGUAAAUAACAACUUCUGAGUCUUUUUGAUACAAGUGACCGCAGAUUCAUAUUCUAGAUUAGAAAAGUUGCAAGAAUGAGCAGAAAUAUGAAUUGAAAUACUGUUUUGUCUU